UGUGGUGAGACCACAUUAUUCUCCCAGAUCCAGCCCAUUCUGAAAGGGCAGAGAUCUUGGACUGCGUGAUGAAACUGAAUCAAACGGUGGAGUCAACGGGUCUCAGAAGAAAUACAUUUUAGACGCCCAAUCGUCUUUUUAAGAGUUGUCCUUACUGGCAUUUCCUAGAGGAGGCAGACAGAAAAUGACAGCGAGAUUAUUAAGCGCGGGCUUCACUGUGCUCUUUCUGGGCUCCUGUGUGCUCCCAGGGGCAGCCCGAAUUUCUUGCAGAAAUGAAGAUGGUGAUGCUGUCGAUUGGUUUGUUUUUUACAAGUUACCCCAGAAUAGAAAACAGAAAAGUGAAAGGAAUGGGUUGGAGUACAUGUACCUGGAUGCUACAACUAAAAGCUGGCGUAGGAGUGAGGGGCUGGUCAAUAUGACCCAGAGUGUCUUGGGAAGAACAUUCCAGCAACUUCAUGAAGCAUGGGAAGCCAAGAACAACAGCACUGCCUACCUGAUAUAUAACGAUAAUGUCCCUCAUUCUUCGGAUUACAACUGGAAGCAAGGGCACACAAAAGGUUUCUUGCUUUGGGAUAAAUCACAGGGAUUCUGGCUGAUUCACACAAUUCCCCGGUUUCCUCCUCUUCCUGAAGAAGGCUAUAGUUAUCCAUCUACCGGGAAAAAAAAUGGACAAGUUGGUAUCUGCAUAACUUACAACUACAGCCAAUUUGUAGAAAUAGAUUCCCAACUAUUAAGCUGCAUUCCGAAUGUCUACAGCUGCUCCAUCCCCUCCAUCUUUCACCCAGAACUCAACUAUCUUCCCCAAAAGUGUGCCGGCUUCCGACUCCCCAGGAUUCCUCGCCGGCGUCUCUCCAGACUUCAGUCCGUCCAAGGCCAAAAUUUCCUCCACUUUGCAAAAUCUCCUUAUUUUGUUGAUGAUAUCUACGUGGCUUGGAUGGCUCAACAGCUGCAGACCAAUUUGCUUGUAGAAACUUGGCAGCCUAAGCUUUCGUCAAACUGUUCUCUUCCAUACCAUGUAUAUAACAUUAAUGGCAUUAGAAUCCCAGGACAAUCUACUUUUAGCUCCCACCAUGAUCAUGCCAAAUGGUGUGUUUCCCAAAGAUACUACAAGAAACACUGGACUUGCAUUGGAGACCUGAACCGCAGCCCAUUCCAGACUCGGAGAGCAGGAGGACUCAUUUGUACUCAAAAUAAGUACAUCUAUCUUGCAUUUAGGGGUUUGAUUCUGCACUACCAGAAUUGCAAUCAGUCUUAAUCAGAGGCAAGGCAACACAGUUACUUCUUCUAAGGUGGAUGCCAGAAAGGAGUGGCGAAAGAUUCUUUCUCUCCUGUGACCACCAGAGAAUAGAGAGAAAAUGGAGAGCAGAAGAACACUGUUCACAGCUCCUCCAGAGAAGAAAGUGAUGAGCAGAGAGUCAAAGUCCAUUCUUGGUCUUUCCUACUCCUUCAGUUUCACCAGUCCCAGGUCAUUUGCAAUUGACUUUUUACCUAAAAGAAUUUCUAUAGUCAGCUCCUUAGUUCCCCUUGAGGCCUGGGUUGGGGGGCAGUCGGGCAGGGGAGUUUGUGCAUGAAAUUGUGUAUUUGACAUCAAACAACAUUCAAAAUGCUGUGUCAGAUCUGAGGACCAAUGGGUGCUGUCCCUUUUCCUUUUUAAGGGGUGUAAUUUUUAAUUGUGAAGGUCCAAUCCUGCUAACAACAGAAAGCUGUCCCCUCAUUACAGUCACAUGAUCCAUUGCUGACAGCCUUUCUAAGGCCUAUUGUUUUGGUUGGCACUAAACAGUCAAGGAACACUUUAUUAUAUGUCCUCACUCCAAAUAGCUAAAGGUAAUGAGAUGUCAAUCAAAAAUUAUGAUAUUGCCAAGGACGGCUAAGCAGGCAGGCUCCUAACAACAGUGGAAAGAGUUUUGUCUGUUUCUGCUCUGUUAGACUUAAUUCCCUAAUUCCUUGGUGAGCCAAAAAGGAGGCAUUUGUAAACACUUUCAAGAAACGAUCUUCUCUACUUAUUCAUUCAAUCUCCCCCAGCCCUCUAAUCAAAAUCCAAUUGCAUGUAAGUAUGUGUAUACCAAAACAAAUAAAGGAAAAAUUGAAGUCAGAAGCAGAUCGUGCACUUGGUAUCUGGGACAAGGCCAAUGACAAGGUUAAUCUAGAGGGAGUGAUUCAUGCAUGCCAUAGAACUCUCCCCUCCCUUUCCUUUUAAACCCCUAGCAUAAUUCCCUUGCCUUAGGUAGAGAGAAUAAGACAUCCAAGACCAAUCCAACUUCCCUCUCUCCUGUCUACUGUCGGUUCUCUCUUCUGACUCACCUCCUCUGCUUCUUUUACUCUUCUCAGUUACUCCUAACUUUCUUUGUCCCACCUGAAAAGCUCUUUUGUUUGUUCUAUGUGUUUCCACAGAGGAUUACUAAACAUUUUCAUGUCAUGGACCCCUUUAGUCUCACUAAACCUAUGGAUG